UCUACCAUCCACCAUCCGCCAUCCACCAUUCAGGAGGCCCAGCCAGUGUCAGCCCAAGGCCCAGGCCCCAUCCUCCAUCCUUUAUUAGCUGCUCUGCCUGUUCGUGCCCGGGUCGCGGUGGCAUUUGCUCACCAGGCGAAGCCGAUGACGUCGGGCAUGCACAUGCACGUCAGGCCCCUCACCCGCAGAAAACAAGAUUUCCCGCCUGCGCGGCGCCGGGAGUUGGGCAGUGCAGAGCAAAACCACCACUGCAAGACCGCCCAGCGCCGGCCCAGUCAAUCGAGUCGAGGUCCAGCACGCCAGUGGGUGGGCCUCACACCAUCUCCGCCUCUGUGUGACCUGGGCCAGUCAUGCGCCGCGCCGUUGCACCCUGGACCCUGGGGAUUGCGCCUUGGGGUCGUUUCUGUCGCAGGGCUGGGCCAGUCGCGAUGGGAGACGGGCCAGGGAAGUAAUUGA